AUAUAUAUAGAUAGUAUACAUACUCACCUUGUUGCAUGGAGAUUUAUAGAGAGAGAUAUCUCUCACUUUCUUCGGUGUAUUUCACCUUCUCUCUCCUCCCCCAAGAUCUUCCAAUCUCCCUUUCUCUCUUGUUUUUAUGAUUUUCAAUUUUCGAAAACAAAACUGUUCCAAAGAACACCGUUGAUUCUCUAGUUUAGCUGCAAAAGCCUUUUGAGUGAAAUUUCGUUGUUUUUGGCAAAAUUUUGAUCCGAUUGUUACUUGAGAGAGAGAGAGAGAGAGAGAGAGAGAGCUAAUUUACGAUUUGUUUCUAUCUGAAUUUCCCUAAAAAUGUCGUUUUUCUCACUUCCUAUUGCGCCAAUUGCAUAAUUGAAAUCUGUCGGAAUUUGAUUCACAUUCUGUCGGAAAGAGGUUCCACUUCAUAGAGUAUAUAGGAUCUGUGAAGUGGCUAUUGGGUGAUGGUAAAGAAAGUUUGAGAGCUUUUAAAGUGAGAAUUUUUUUUAUAUGGUGGGCUGGAUCACAGUCUCUGAUCUGGUCAGGUGCUAUUGGGAUAAAGGAUUUAGAAAGUAACAAGAGUGGUUUAAAGUAUAUACCACUUUAAGAAAACUUGAGAGAGGGGAUAAAAGUGCCAAUGUCUCGUUGCUUCCCGUUUCCACCACCAGGAUAUGAGAAGAAGAAGAUUAGAACCGAGGAGGCAGACUCUUUAAUAAAGGAAAAGCAGAAGAAGGAAAAGAAGCACAAAAAGGAGAAGAAGGAUAUAGAAACAAGCAAAGAUAGAUAUAAGGAAGGGAAGGAGAGAAAAGAGAAACAUAGCGAUAGGAAAGACAGAGAAAAGAGAGACAAAAAUGCUGUUGGUGUUCUGCCCAACACCGUGCAGAAUAAUGGUAACGAAGAGGUUAAGUUUGUACAGGACUUGGCAAGAAGGAUUAGCAAUGAAGAAGAAGAAGCUAGAGAGAGUCAAAGUGUGGGGAAGAGUAGUUUUCCCUGUGGAGUUAGAGAGAACUUUGCCAUGGAUAAAAGGUCUGAAAAUGUGGUUGGUCGAGUAUCCUCUUGGAGAGAUCCGAAAGGAACUGAGAUUAUGGUUCAACCAGUGGGGAAAAAAGAGCUACAAGAGCUGAAUCACCUCAAGGAAAGUGUGACGAAGGGUGAUAAUAAGUCACUGGAUAGUGAAGAGAUAAAGAAAAGUGAACCGAAGUACACAACACAUAGUAGUAGUCAAGAGAACAAAGAACAGAAACACAAAUAUGUAGAAGGAGGUUCUAUGUUAAAAGAAAGAGAUGUAGAUAAUGGGAAUAUUGGCAAACGGAAGGAUCAUGAGAGGAAUGGAUUCUUAUAUGAGAAUGGAUCUAGGCUAAACAAGAUACACAGGCCAGUUGCUUCACCAGUGUCAUCCGUAGAGAACGGAAGAAACUUGGGAGCAUAUCAAACUCCUCCGAAGCUUGUUACUGAGUUGCAAGAAACAGUGUGUAAUCCAGAGGUCAAUGAGCAUAGAGUAAACGGUUUCAUUGAUUCUCAAGAACACAAAAGCCUUUCUUCUGUGGAUGUGAAAGAAAACGGUGAGGCAUCAGCGAAAAAGCGGCCUCACUCGGACUUGAAGUAUUUGGAUCAGAUACUGAGUGUACCCAAAAGGGAGGAAUUGCAUGAGUUUGAUGGAAAUGAAGAACAAGAGUGGCUAUUUGGUCAGUCUGGUGUGAGCUUAUCAAAGAGGCCAAAAACAGAUUCUACUACUUCGUUGGAUGAGACUCUGCAAGUCUGGAGCCAGGCUCUUAGAAUAGAAUCUACUGAUACUGUAGCUCUUCCAUAUGUUGUUCCAUUCUAGUGGUAGAUUAGAGAAGUAGUUAGAAAAUCUUUAUAUGGGUGGAAGAAACAGAUGAAGCGAUCCGCUGAUCAAAAUCUAAAGGUCAAAGGAUUAUAUGGAAUCAAGUGGAAGUGUGAAUUGUCUGAUGUUUGGAGUUAAUGCUGGAGGCAAAACGAUACUUUGAUCCUGGUGGACCAACUCUUGGUCAAGCAGUUGGGUUACAGGAACAUCAUGGUGGUGUUAUAGUCAUGAUGAAAUCACAGUGGUCGCACGCACUGGAGUAACAAGAAGUCAUGUCUAAGACUUUGAGGUCUCAAGUACUGGUAAAGUGUGAUAAGAGGAGCUUACUCAAUGGUUUGAGAAUUCCAGCAAUGAUAAGUAUGGAGGCAGUGAUAGCACUGCAGAAGAAACCUGUCAGCUGGAUCAUGGAAGCAGUCAUAAAUUCUAGUAAACUCUUGGUUGUUUGUAAUCACCAAGUCAUAGCAGAUAGGAAUGGUUUCAAAUAUCAGUUUAUAGAAAGCACCCGAAAAGCAACAUGACAGUUUUGGAAUGGUUUCACAUAUCAGUUUUCUCGUUUAUUCCUUGAGGACACAGUGAGUAUAGAGGGGGGAGAAUUGAUAAGGUCAGAGUACAGUGUUCUGAAGUAGAAACAGAGUACUGCAGGAAGAGUGACAAAGAAGAAGGAGAAGAUGCAAAUGGCUUAAAGCUACAUAAAGAAGAGUGAUGCAAAGAGUCUAGUUGAAGAAGUUGGACGCGUGGGAUAAAAUCGUGCAAACGGUCCAACUUGUGGGUUAUCCUCUUUUGUGGAGCCUUCAAUUUUUCUAAAAUCAUUUAUUU